AUGGACACUUUCCGUAUAGGUGGGGGCAGCCCCUACAGCGGCGGCGGCUUGGAUCAACUCCAACAGCCACCACAGCAAUCACAGCAGCAGCAGCAAGGACUGUUGCCGUCUACGUCCAUGGCAGCAGCGACAGCAGUAGCUGCUACGCCAGCACGUGUAGCGGGGGGCAAUGUGGCGGCGCACACGACGGUGCACGUCACCGCCACGGCGGAGGUCGAUCCGUUUGACGAGAAGCGCCUUGAAGAGAUCCGCAAGACACUGCUCAUGCUCGAGGAUAUCGCGCAGGGGCGUCACAUCAUCAACUGGAAGGAGCUCGUUGACCCGAGCCAGCCGAUGGAGUCAGCGAAGAAGAUAAGUGCGGCGCUGGCGAGGCCGACGACGCUNCCCGAGCCAGCCGAUGGAGUCAGCGAAGAAGAUAAGUGCGGCGCUGGCGAGGCCGACGACGCUGCCUGCCGCAGUCAGCGGCGUUGCGGAGUGCAUCACGACACCGGCGCACCUGUCGAUCGUGGCGUGUCUGGAGCCUCCGUACUGGGCCAAGGUGCGGGACGCGGUGCUGCACGAUCUGCUCAACACCCUCACAACCGCCCGUGA